AUCACUGGGUGCUGAGCAGGACACCACAACCCCCCAACCCUUCUGGAGCAUGGAGGACGAACAAGAACAACUGCAUAGUCCUCUGCAGCUCUACAGCCAGCUUUUUUGGGGUCUCCCCUCCCUGCACAGCGAAUCCCUGGAGGCUACUGCCUGGACAUCCAAGGGCUCUUCCACAUUACAGCCUCCACCUUUCUUAUUCAAUGGCAUCUCGAGUGCCUGCCCAGUUCAACUGCAGGUUACAAUGCCUCCACUGCUCUCCCAUUCCCAGCACAUGUCUCACUUGGAGUUCCAAUCUCCACCCUUGCUUCCAACCAUGCUUCAAUUACAGCCCCCACCUCUGGCUCAGGUCCAGGCCCGGGGCCAUCUCCCAUCCUCUCUACCAACCCUACCACCUUCUUCUCCACCUCAGAUGAGGGGCUGUGGAGUAUCAUGCCCGACAGCCCAGAAUAAGCCACAAUCUUUAAUCCCAGUUGAGAUUCAACAUCCAGAAAGGCCCUUGUUGCAGAAGCAAGUAGAAAGUGGGUGGGAUUUAUCCUCUGUAGUCAACAGAUCUCAGGAAGUCUUCAGUGUCUUCACAGCCAACCUUCCCAAGAACAGCAUCCUUCCUGAGAAUUUUCCAAUCAGCCCUGAGCCCCGGAAGCAGCUGGAGCAACAUCCCCAAAACUCGCAUAUGCAACACAGCUGGGAGCUGUCCCCCAAGAUCCGAGAACCUCCAGAACUAGGGCAACAUCAGAGCGAAUUACCAGGAACAUGUCAGGCAAAGGACAAGCAUGAGCCCUCACAGCCCUCUUCACUCACAGGUGAAAGCAGCAACGAUGCACAGAACGUGGGGCCUCAGCUAAGCCCCGAUACAGGGAAGGUCCCAGAAGAUCUCUCCAGGGGCUCAGAAAUCUCCUUAGUGACGUUUCAGAGGGGAGACUCUGAGGAGUCAGAAAGUGAUGUGAUGCUUUGGAGAAGGGACUCCAGAAGUGAUUUACUGAGGAACUUAGACAAAAAUCUAGAAAACACGCUAAAAGGCCACUUGGGCAGAAAGUUGGGACAGAUGAGCAAGAACCUGAUGAGUGUGCAUGGACCCUGGCUUCCUGUCAACCACUCUUAUGCCACGGCUGACACUCACAUGGAAACCAAAAAUCUGGGAAUCUUAAAUGGCUGGGAACCCUGCUUGAACGCCUCUCACGGGGCCUUCUUUCUCGAUACAGACAUUCAAAAGGUGCUAGAAGCACAUGUUACAAAGUUCUGGGUGAAGCACUGGUGGGGCCUGCCCCUCAAGGUCCUCAAGCCCAUGGGUCUCCUUAAGUUGAAAAGGGCUCAAGCCUCACCCAUUCUUGGGAUGAUAUUGGUCCAUAAAAUUAUAUAG